AUGGUCACCACGCACAACAUGCGAGCCCACUGGGACUUUGGCAACCUCGACGCAACUGAAGCCGUCUUCAAGCAGCUCAUAGAAGUGUCCGCGUCGCCCAUCGAAACCAUGCUGUUCGAGACCCAACUUGCCCGUGUGCACGGUCUCCGCGGCCACUUUGAAGCUGCCCACGCUCUCCUCGAUGCGAUCGAAACCGAGCUCGGGAAGAUCAUUGGCGCAACGAACGACGUGGCCGAGCUUCAGACGCGCUACUUCUUGGAGCGUGGCCGUGCUCUGCGCUCUGCCAAGCAGCCGGACGCAGCCUGUCCGCUCUUCAAGCAAGCAGUUGACGUCGCAGUGGCUUCCCACAUGGACGAGCUCGCGAUCGAUGCGAUUCACAUGAUGGCGCUCGUCGUGUCACCGAGCGAGGGGAUUGCGUGGACAGAGCGUGGCAUCGCCUUGGCCCAGCGCUCGGAUGACGCCAAUGCGCAGAACUGGGACGCACCCCUCGCCAACAACCUCGGGUGGGCCUAUUUUGAUGCGCGUGAGUACGCAAAGGCCCUCGCGACCUUUGAGACGGCGCUUGUCGCGCGCGAGCGCAUCGGGGCACCCGAGCAAAUUCUUAUUGCCAAGUGGGCUAUUGCACGCGUGUAUCGGGCGCUGGAGCGCUACGACGACGCCAUUGGGCUCUUGAUGUCCCUCUCGCCUCAAGAUGGAUACACGCACGAAGAGCUCGGCGAAAACCUCCUCGCGCAGCACAAGCCCGAGAUUGCCAAGACGCAUUUCGCCCAGGCAUACGAGGCGCUGCAACACGACCCGUCUGUUGACGCCCCGCGUGUCGCCCACCUCCUCGCCCACUCCAAGGAGUUGAUCGCCACGCAAGACACCUUGGUGGAAGAGUUCCGCGCCGUGUAA